AUGGAGCUGCUGCUGCUGCUCCCCGGGCUGCUGCUGCUGCCCCUGGCAGCGCUGCUGCUCUACAGGUGCAGCCCCCCCUUCCAGUUCCUCUGCAAGGUGGCCUUUUUCAACUGCUGGAUCGUGGCCUUGGCCACCCUGCUGUCCCCCUUGGCCGCCUUCCGGGGACGCUCCGUGGAGAACAUGAGGCUCCUGCGGGCUGCUGUCCUGCCCCUCAAGCGCUUCUACGGCAUCAGGAUGCAGGUGAGGGGCUCGGAGCGGCUGCGGCUGCCGGGGCCCUUCGUGAUCGUCUGCAACCACCAGGCUUCCCUCGACCUCAUGGGAAUGGUGGAGGUGAUUCCCGAGCGCUGCGUGCCCAUCGCCAAGCGGGAGCUGCUCUACCUGGGCACGGUGGGCUGGGCCUGCUGGCUCAGUGGCGUCAUCUUCAUCGAGCGCCAGCGCAGGGACGCGGCCAUCGAGGUCAUCUCCCACACCGCCAGCGCCAUGCGGCGAGAGAACCUCCGUGUGUGGGUUUUCCCAGAGGGCACCAGGAACCUGGGCAAAUCCAUGCUGCCCUUCAAGCGUGGCGCUUUCCACCUGGCUGUGCAGGCCCAGGUUCCCAUUGUCCCCAUUGUGAUCUCCCCAUACUGCGACUUCUUCAGCCCCAAGAAGAAGAGAUUCACCUCUGGGACCUGCACCAUCCAAGUCCUACCCAGGGUGGAAACGCGGGGCCUGAGCCCAAAGGAUGUCCCCGAGCUGACUGAGAGUGUCCACCAGGCCAUGGCUGAUGCCCUGGCCGAGAUGUCCAUGAGUGACCACGGAGACCAGGACAUGGAGCAGCCUCUGCUGGGGCCAGGGGAGGACAGGGACAGCCCCCAGGGCCAGGGGGGCACAGCCAGGAGCAGAAAAUAGGCAGAGGGAGUGAGUCCCUCGGGGACACCAGGGCGGUGUCCCUUGUCCCCUGAGGAGGUGUCCUGCAGCCCUGCCACCGCCCCAGCAGGAUGGUGCCCUAAGGGGAGCAGAGCAGGGCAGGAUGGGGACCAGGCAGCACUCCCGAAACAGAGCAAGGUGCCCCCAAAACCAGAGCAAGGUGCCCCCUAAAACCCCUUGUUGUGACUGUGCAUCCCCUGGAUGUCCCUCUGCCAGACCCGGAGCUGUGGCUGUCCCCCUGGAGCUCUGGCUGUCCCCCAGGAUGGCCUCUGCCUCCUCGCUGGGCAGAGCAGGGAUGGUCCAGGCAGGGCUGGGGACUCACAGCCCCAUUUUCCACCCCUGACUGUUGGGCUCCCCCACGGAUUCUCCUUCCAGAGGCUCCUACAAGUUGGGAAUGUUGUUUGGGUGCAGCCAGCUCUGGGGAGGGGCCCAGAGCAUGUGGCCUGGGGAGGGACAUGAGGUC